UCCUGGAAUGCCACGUCCAUUAAAGCACAUCGAAACUGAGCUUGCAUCAGCGAUGUGUCCGUGGAACGUCAAAUAACCAUAAAGUAACCUGGAAAUGGAAGGUUUAAAGGGGGACGGUCUCUCAUCCACUCACUACAGGAAUAGUAUGCAUUGCAGCCGGUCUGCUCCAGCUUUCGUCUGCCCGGUGUCGGAGCACACAAACCAUGCACUUUAUGAUUCGCCCAAGGACUGUCCGCCAUGCCCGCCGUGUCCUGGCUCUACAGCUCCCUCGACUCCGUCUUUCAGUUAUGGUUAUCAUUUUGGAAACGGUUAUUACAGCUGCAGAAUGUCACACAUGCAACAGAACUCGCUGAAGUCUUCUGCCCACGCUUCUGUUGGGGGGUUUCAAAUGGAAAAAUAUGUGGAUGAUUCCAACUUGACCAGCAAAAAUGUAACUGGCAACGACGUGUCUCCCAGGACCAAAGAGCUUGCUUUUUAUCAGGGUUACCCAGGCCCUUAUCCGCGGGUUCCUGGUUAUAUAGACAUGGUGCCAACACUGGGUAGCUCCGUAGAAUCGAGACAUGAUCCAUUUAUUCCUGUGGAUGGUUAUCAGCCGUGGCCACUUACUAAUAGCUGGAAUAGCCAGAUUUACUGCGCUAAAGAACAAACGCAGGGUUCUCAUUUUUGGAAGUCGCCCUAUACAGGGGAUGGAGCACUUAGUCAAGCAGAUGUAAACAGUUACAGAAGAGGAAGGAAGAAAAGAGUCCCCUAUACGAAACUCCAGCUUAAAGAACUCGAGCGAGAAUAUGCUGUAAACAAGUUUAUUACUAAGGAUAAGAGAAGAAAGAUCGCUGCAGCUACCAGCUUAUCAGAGAGACAAGUCACUAUCUGGUUUCAAAACAGAAGAGUGAAAGACAAAAAAAUUGUUUCAAAGUUCAAGGAUAUAGCAACUUAAUCUGAAGAGAUUUGGCCAAAUAGUGCAAUUCCACGAACUAUCAAAAGCUACGAAAACAAAUAUGACUAUAUUUAUUUUUGUUGAAGUUCUGCAAAAGCCAUUGGCAGUAUUUGCACCUGAAACUUUUAUAUUUGUUUGCAAUCUAGAUCGUUAUAUGUCCAGACGACUUGUCUAUCACAUAUAUUGACUGUAUCGGUUAGAAGCAAAUUUUUGAUUUCUGUAAUUAAUUCAUUUUAUAGAUUGCAGAAACAUGCAGCGAUAGCACAAGCACUGAAAACGUUGAGGACACUUGGCCAGGGCUUCACUCACUGAACUCAGUUUGGCAGUUACAACCACGUUACUUUACACGUUCAUUUUAUCCUUAAUUGACUUAGUCAAAUCGCACGUGUUUAAAAUCUUUUUUAUUUUAUUUUUAAGUAUUCGGUCAGUAUUUUUGUCAUUUUAAUAUUAAAUUGCGAAUUUUAUAUAUGCACAGUUGUUCUUGCAGUUUCUGCCAAAUUCAUUUAUAGCAGAUAUUGUAUUUUCCAAGAACAAAUAAAUCAAUCAAUCAAUAAAUAAUAAAACGUCAAAGGAAGGGGUUUAGUAAUCAUACCACACGUCAGACACAUACUGUUUACACAAAGUGUAUUAUUCUAAACAGCUGAUAUCUGGCAAAAAUGAAAGGAAAAGUUUUGGAGGGCUAUUCAAACAACGUCUUACUUUCUGCUCGAAUCAGGAAAAGUCUUAGGAGACACUAUUUCUGUGAGUUAGAAUUUUUGGAUACUCGCCUUCAAUUUUAGACACUGUAUAGUGAACGUUUAAAUAUCACAAUUUAUCCCGCGAACCAUCCUGGAGAUUUCUGUUUUGUAAUCUCCUUAAAGUAAAACUCAAUUCAGGACUUCUGGAAAACAAGUAAAGUCAAUGCACGUAACAUUUCUAAAAUAGAUCACAUUCUCUUUAUUGUAUCACUAGUCAGUUAACUGAAGUGUGUGUGUGGGUGUGUGUGUGUGCGCGCGCGCGUUGGGGGAGACAAUAUAUCACAAAUUUAACUCAGAUGGUCACACAAUUUUCCAUUUGCCCAACUUUGUAGCAAUGCUUUACUCGACUGCGAAGGAAAUGUAGUAAUCGUUUUUUUGUGCGGGUGUACAGAGCGAUCAGAAUUUUUGAAGUGCUGUUAUUGAAUGCUUUGGAAAUAUUAUAUCAUCUGCUAUGUUAUAUACCCACGCAUUCUAAACUAAAUUCUUGUGUAUAUUAUUGUAACUACUCUUCUGUAUACUGUUAUGGUUACAUGGAAAUUAAUGCUGUUAUUAUACCGCUCUGGCUCUUGAAUUUUUUACUCUCUACCUGUAGCCGUGUAUAAAAGAAAAAAUAGAGAGAAGUGUAUGAGAUAGUCUUCAAAAGGAGUAGGCGAACACAGUUCGAAGCCAAAACCAACAGUAGCAAACGUGAAUGCAAUCGUUGUCAACAAUAUGGAAACGAAAUGAUUGAUUCACUCUUUAAUUAAUCUUUCAGUUUUUUCAAGCAAGAAAUAAUCUUAACCCAUUCUGAAAUUAAUAUCGUCAUACAUGUACACACACGCGCGCACACAUGCAUACACAUUUACAAGCAUACAUAAAUACACGACGAGCACUAGAAGUACACUAUAAAUGUUACGUACGUUUAGAUGUGCAAGGGUAGUUUGACUAACGAAAUAUAAAGUUAUUUACAGGAAGGCACAAUCAGUUAUUUAAUAAGGAAAGCUUUUAUGAUGGGCCUACCUUAUGUUUCUGUAUACUUUACAUUGCAAUGGAUGUGUGUUAUACAUGUGGUUAUCUAUCUGUUCAUUAAUAAGGAAAGCUUUUCUGAUGGACCCAUACUAUGUUUCUGUAUACUCUACAUUGCAAUGGUUGUGUGUUACAAGUAUCUAUCUGUUUAUAUAGAAAUGAUGAAAUAAUCUCAGGCAAUCUGACUGGCUUGUGAUGUACAUCUAUUUGUUUAUAAACACAUGAUGACAUGGUCUCGGGCUAUCUGAUUAGGGGUGUUCAAAAUAUGUUUAACUCACCCUUAAAAAUACCCCUAAAAAUGGUACAGCAACAAAUGCCAGUUUGUUUACUGAACAUAUUUUGAUGUGUGUACUUGCUCAGGCAUUAAGACACUCGUUUAAUGCGUCCCUGCCCUACAACAGCUUAAACCGACAUUAAAUGUUCUCAGAAAACCAAAUACUUUGGUUUGAUCAGACAUGUGUAAAGUCCAAACGCAUGUUCACGUAACUAUCAACUAAAUCAGGGACAAACGUCACCAGAAUUAGGGAGGGGCAAAUCCAUAAAUAAUCAGGAACAGUCAGGGACACUUUAAAAAAAUCUUAGCACUAUUAAUCUGAAAUGAGUAUGAGUUAAUGUAAAUUUUUCGAAGUAAAAUAAGUUUACACCUCUAAUUAUUGUAACUAUUUACUGUUCACAACGUUUACUCCAAACGUCACCAGUUUUAUAAUAGAUUAAGUGGGACAGAGCUAAAGUCUGAGUCGAAAUUAAGGAGAUCCCUGAAAAUCAGGGACAUGUGAAAUACAUUCAACAUUCACAAGUCUUCUCCUCCAGCAAAACGAAUGCACAAAAAGAGAGCUCCAUGACAGCUCUGUAGUCUAAGCAGGAAGAUUUCACCACUUUGUAAUUCAGAGAGCAUAUUGUAUUUUUGACCACAUAUUUCUCCAUUGUGUAUCACUGGCAGUGAUAGUGCAACAAUUAUAAGUGUCUGUUAUGGGAGAAUAUGCUAAGAAGACCUAGAUGAUUUGAUUUAAUCACCUAACAAUUACUACUGUUUUUUAAAUAAAGCAUGCACAAAAAGCUAAGAUUUUUCCACUUCAGCUUUAGUUGUGGACGAAACAUGCUGGGUAGCACACAUUACCCUUUUUAAAGAAGUCGGAGAAAACUUCAACAAAAUAUAUAAGAGCAGCCUUUUAUAACGGUUCCAUUUUUAGGACAAUAGGGUCUUACAUUCCACCAAUUUGAAACUUUUAGUGUAGAAGUAUUUAUGACAACCAGGUGCUUGAGGCCCGAUUGUCCUUUCGAUUUAUAGGUACUAGCUGUGGAAAAAUUUGAAAGAAAAGCCACUAUAUUAGUACAUCAUUUUACUUCAAAUGUUAUUUAAGUACACAUCUCUUAUUUCUGUGUUUAUUACUGAUUUGAUUUAUUCCUUUACUAAAAUGACUAGUCAGACUCCGUUUGCACCCUUUUAAUUGUAGUUAAUCUGGCUCCAACUUCUGUAAACUUGGUUAAAUAUUUUCAAAUAUGAUAGUUGUGCAACUACGCAAAACUUUUUUGCUGCUGUUUUUGCACACAUAGUUAACCGCUUACCUCAAGCCUCGUUUCGUUGUAUGUUCUAACUUCAUGUCACACUCACCCUGUUGUUAAGGUGAUGUAAACUGAACUUCUUCUUAUGGCAUUUGUGGAUAUUGAGAAGGUGCAAACUGUUGUGCUCUGUAAUCGAUGCCAAAAUAUACGCUGCAAGGUUUUGCUAAUCUAACAACGACUGUUCUAUAUAUGAAUAAUGACAAAUUAUGAUGUUUGUUACCUUUUGCUAAAAGGGGGUGGGGGAUACUUGGGUUAUACAGAAGGCGAAGUGGUGUGUACAUGAAGACAUUUGCAAAGUUCUUCUGUGGCAUGUCAAAUGGCAGUGCUAAGAAGUGAAACCAGAACUGCCCAGUGAUACAGUCUAAUACAUGUAUUUUUUUUCAGAACCACAGUGCUGCUUAUUGGCAUUCAAAUUAAUUUUGUUAAACUGCAUCAACAUUUGUUUAAUUUUUAAAAUGCAUUGAAGUUUUACAUCUUCUGACGAAGUUUGUAUUUUUUUCUGAACUGCUAUUGAAAAUUUGAAUCUCAGGGGCAAGGCACUGCCACCAUGAAAUGAUUCCAUGCAGAUUAAUACCAAAGCUAUAAAACAUGUCACAAAUUAAUACAAUGUAAACUAUAUUAAUUUGUAUUAAAACUGUAUAAUGUUUUGCUACAGCUUUAAUUUAAUUUGUUUGAAGAUUAAUUUCAACAUAUACUUAAUUUUAUCUUGACUGUCUUUACUGUAAUGCAUUUAACAAAUGUCUGUAACAAGUAAUCUCUAUUAAAUAAAAAA